CCCCGCAGCAGCGGCACUGAUUAGCGAGGCGAAGUGGAGUUUUUUUUUUUUUUUUCGGCGACAAGUCAGCGAGCUGCGAAGGGUUCCGCUUGAGACCCGAAUUUACGGAUAAUAACGGAGGCGGAACACGCAGGCGAGUGUUCGAGCGCGGACUCGGGCUUUCGAGGAGUUGUUCGGCUGCCGAGCGGGCGGCAGAGAGGAAGGAAAAACAAAUUAAUUGAAUUGGAAUGAAGGGAAUUAAAUAGAGACGUAGGCUGCGAACUGUCGCGAACGCAUCCCGAGAGCGGACCGGACCGGACCGGACGACUCGAGCCCCCACUUCCCACUGACUUCAGCGGACUGGAGUGGUAAUGCCUUGAGUCUGCGUCUUCUCCAGCCCAGUAAAGGACGCCGCGCCAGUGCCGGGCUGCCGCUAAUGGGAACCCUUGCUCCGCCAUGAGUGGUCGUGAUGGCGGCGGCGGCGGGGGCGGCGGCAUGGGCACACUGGGCCGGCGGCCGCGCUGCGAGGACUCCGAGUUCACCGUGCGCAUCUACCCGGGCGCCCUGGCCGAGGGGACCAUCUACUGCCCGAUCAGCGCCCGCAAGACCACCACGGCGGCCGAGGCCAUCGAGCGCGUCAUCCAACGCCUGCAGCUGGACCGCAACAGGUGCUACGUCCUGGCCGAGGUGAAGGAGUUCGGCGGGGAGGAGUGGGUGCUGAACCCCAGCGACUGCCCCGUGCAGAGGAUGAUGCUUUGGCCCCGCGUGGCGCUGGAGCACCGCCCGCUGUCCGGCGGCGAGGAUUACCGCUUCCUCCUCAGGCAGAAGAACCUGGACGGCUCCAUCCACUACGGCGGCAGCCUCCAGAUGUGGCUGCGGGUCACGGAGGAGCGGCGGCGCAUGACGGAGCGCGGGCUGCUGCCGCAGCCGGAUUCCCAGGGGGACCACGCGGACCUGUGCCACCUGCCGGAGCUCAACGAGCGCUCGCUGCUGGACAACCUGCGCUCUCGCUUCCGGCAGGAGAAGAUCUACACGUACGUCGGGAGCAUCCUCAUCGUCAUAAACCCCUUCAAGUUCCUGCCCAUCUACAACCCCAAGUACGUGAAGAUGUACGACAAUCACGCCCUGGGCAACCUGGAGCCGCACAUCUACGCCGUGGCGGACGUGGCGUACCACGCCAUGCUGCAGAAAGAGAGCAACCAGUGCAUCGUGAUAUCCGGGGAGAGCGGCUCCGGGAAGACGCAGAGCACCAACUUCCUCAUCCACCACCUGACUGCUCUCAGCCAGAAGGGGUUCGCCAGCGGAGUGGAGCAGAUCAUCCUGGGGGCCGGGCCGGUGCUGGAGGCUUUUGGGAACGCAAAGACGGCCCACAAUAACAACUCGAGUCGCUUCGGCAAAUUCAUCCAGGUGAACUACCAGGAGAGCGGGACUGUCAGAGGAGCGUAUGUGGAGAAAUACCUGCUGGAGAAGUCCAGGCUGGUCUAUCAGGAGCACAACGAGCGAAACUACCACGUGUUCUACUACCUGCUGGCAGGAGCGAGUGACGAAGAGAGGGAAGCCUUUCACCUGAUGAAGCCUGAAGAGUACCACUACCUCAGCCAGAUGACAAAGUCCAGCCAGCAGCUGCGCUGGGACAGUAACUGUGAGAGUGAAGCGGACUGCUUCACGGUGGAAGGAGAAGACCUGAAGCAUGACUUCGAGAGGCUUCAGCUGGCCAUGGAGAUGGUUGGCUUUCUUCCUUCCACGCGCAAAAAGAUCUUCUGCCUGCUUUCGGCCAUCCUCCACCUGGGAAACAUCCGCUACAAGAAGAAAGCCUACAGGGACGACUCCAUCGACAUCUGUAACCCAGAGGUGCUGCCCGUCGUCUCCAAACUGCUGGAGGUCAAAGAAGAGAUGCUGUUCGAAGCGCUGACGACGCGGAAGACGGUGACGGUGGGAGAGAGGCUGAUCGUUCCCUACAAGCUGUCAGAGGCCGGUACGGUGAGAGACUCCAUGGCCAAGUCCCUCUACAGCGCUUUGUUCGACUGGAUCGUCUUCAGGAUCAACCACGCGCUGCUCAACAUCAGGGACCUGGAGGAGACCACCAAGAUCUUGUCCAUUGGGGUCCUCGACAUCUUCGGGUUCGAGGACUACGAGAACAACAGCUUCGAGCAGUUCUGCAUCAACUUCGCCAACGAGCGGCUGCAGCACUACUUCAACCAGCACAUCUUCAAGCUCGAACAAGAGGAGUACAGGGCGGAGGGCAUCAGCUGGCACAACAUCGACUACAUCGACAACACGGGCUGCAUCAACCUGAUCAGCAAGAAGCCCACGGCUCUGUUCCACCUCCUGGAUGAAGAGUGCAAUUUCCCUCAAGCCACCAACCAGACAUUGUUGGAUAAGUUCAAGCGGCAGCACGAGGGGAACAGCUACAUUGAGUUCCCCGCUGUCAUGGAGCCCGCCUUCAUCAUCCGACACUAUGCCGGCAAGGUCAAGUAUGGGGUCAAGGACUUCAGGGAGAAGAACACGGACCACAUGCGGCCGGACAUCGUCGCCCUGUUGAAGAGCAGCAAGAACGCCUUCAUCUGCGGGCUGAUGGGCAUCGACCCGUCGGCCACUUUCCGCUGGGCGGUGCUCCGAGCCUACUUCAGGGCCCUGGUGGCCUUCAGGGAGGCCGGGAAGAGACACACGCAGAAGAAGGCCGGGCAUGAUGACGCUGCUCCCUGUGCAGUUUUGAAAAGUGUGGAUAGUUUUAGCUUUCUGCAGCACCCUGUGCAUCAGAGGAGCUUAGAGAUCCUGCAGAGGUGCAAAGAGGAGAAGCACACUCCUGAAGAGAGUGAAAAUGUUGUAAAAAGUGAUGAAACUGAAAACGGUGUGAACAGAAAGAGUCCACGUACGCCGCUGUCAGACCUCCAAGGAAGCAACGCCAUCAACGAGAAAUCCCCCCGGGGUUCUCCGAGCCUCGGCUGGAACGGGCGCGCCGCACGAAGGAGCCGCUCGCCGUGCGCCGGCUCCGCCACCACAGAAGAAGACGGCAUCUUCGUCAACUCUGCCAGCAGCAAGCUCCUGGAGAGAGCCCACGACAUCCUGAUGCGAAACAAAAACUACAAAUCGAAGCCAGUUCUUCCGAAGCAUUUGCUUAACGUCAAGUCCCUGAAGUACCUCAGCAACCUGACGCUCCACGACCGCAUCACCAAGUCGCUGCUCCACCUCCACAAGAAGAAGAAACCACCCAGCAUCAGCGCACAGUUCCAGGCCUCCCUCAAUAAGCUGAUGGAGACUCUGGGUCAGUCCGAGCCCUACUUCGUCAAGUGCAUCCGUUCCAACGCUGACAAGCUGCCCUUGAGGUUUAAUGACAACCUGGUGCUGAGGCAGCUGCGCUACACUGGCAUGCUGGAGACGGUGCGCAUCCGACUGUCGGGCUACAACAUCAAGUACAGCUUCAAGGAUUUCACCCAUCACUUCAGUGUGUUGCUCCCGGAGCGCGUCAGGGCCACCAGAGAGGGCAUCCAGCAGAGCCUGGACCAGCUGGACCUCCAAGCAGACGGGUACCAAGUGGGAAAGACGAUGGUGUUCCUCCGGGAGGCUGAGCGCCAGCGGCUCCAGGCCGUCCUCCACGCCGAGGUCCUCAGACGCAUCGUGGCGCUGCAGCGGCGGUUCAGAGCGCUGCUGGAGAGGAAGCAGUUUGUGAGAAUGAGAGAAGCAGCGACCUGCGUCCAGAAGUGGUGGCGUUUGUGCCGGCCCACUGAGGACUUUGACCCUCACGUCCAGGAGGGGGCGGCGUUGUGCCUGCAGACGCACUGGCGGGGGUACAGGGAGCGUCGCCGGCUCAGGCUGUGGAGGGGGGCCGCCCUGGUGCUGCAGCGGGCGUGGAGGUCGUGGCUCUGCCGCCGCUGCACAGCAGCCGUGGUCAUCCAGGCGGCCUGGCGCUGUCACCGAGCCAGAGGCGCCUGCCUGCGUCUGUGCGGCGCCGUGAUGCAUCUGCAGGCGACCGGCAGAGGCUUCCUGGCCAGGCAGAGCUUCAAACAGCUGAGAGAACAGCGACUGCGGGAGGAGAAGGAGCGGAGGGAGGCGCCGCCCGCACUGCAGAACGGCCGGUCCAGUCCGUCGCCGGAAGAGGAGCCGCCGGAGAGGAUGACGGGUUUGGACCUCAGCACGUGGGAGGAUCGCUCCUACGAGCAGCGAGAACGGAGCCUCCGAAUCCUGAGCAGCCGCGAGGAGCAAGGAGGAGGAGGAGGAGGAGGAGGAGGAGGAGGAAGAAGAGGCGGGACACAAGAGUGCCCCUCUGAAGCGCAAGCUGAGUCGUUGGCGUCCAUCCAGACGUCCACUGUGGUGGUGCGAGAGAGGCCCAGAACUUUAGAAGAGCCCAGCCAGAAGACCACCCGGGCCAAGAGAGAGAGCCGGCGCAUGAGAGAGCUGGAGCAGGCCAAGUUCAGCCUGGAGCUCCUCAAGGUCCGUGCGACCGGCGGUGGAGCGUCCUCCCCGUCGGAGGAGCGGCGCUGGUCCGUGGAGCUGGUGGCGCCCGCGACCCCGCCGCCGCCGCUGCCUCCUCGUUCGCCCCAGGGGACGCCCGACAGCCAGAGCUCCAGGUGCAGCUUCGAGCUGCUCAGCAUGGAGGACGAGGCCCCCCGGGCCGUGGAGGAGGUGACCGACAGCGACGACCUUUGCUCCCCCGUCGCUCCGGCCGCUCCGGUUCCUGAGCCCGGCGCGGCGGAGCGAGGCCGGCGGCGGGGGGAUCCGCCGACCGCCUCGAGAACCCGGAUCGAAAACCACCUCCCCACCUUCUACGUCCCCCCCGCCAGUGAGGGCGGCGCGGCAGUCUCCCUCCGUCCCGCCGAAGAGCCCAGGCGGAGCGCGCCGGUCUCCAGGGACACCACCCACGUCCAGGAGCUUGUCAAAGAGAGGCGGGAGUCCCCGCGGCGCCCCGUGGUGGUGGUCAUCAGCAUGCAGAAGGAGUCGCCGAUGAGCCGAGAGCCGAGGGGCGUCGCCCCUCCGCCCGUGGAGGUCCGAGACCCCGGGGCUCCGAAGGGGCGGAGGCACCACCCUGACCCCGCCCCCGUUCCUUCCGCCGCCCCUCAGGCCGACGAGGCGCACAUCGAGAGGCUGGUGCGGCUGAACGAGGAGAAGGAGGCGCGGCGGCGUGACCUGCAGCAGCAGAACGAGAAGGAGAUGAUGGAGCAGAUCAGGCAGCAGAAAGAAGUGCUGGAGCGGCAGCGCCUCGCCUUCACCCAGAACGAGAGGGACGUCUUCGAGAAACAGCGAGGGGACGCGCUGCACAGGAUACAGCAGUGCCGUCGCGGCGGCGAGGGCGGCGGGACCGCCGGAGAGCGCCGCAGGCCCAGCUCGCUGCUGCUGGAGGGGGCGGCGGGGCCCGCCCCUCACCCGAGGACGCAUUCGGACUCCACCGCCCCGCCGGCGCGCUCUCGCCCCGCCGAGACGCAGCCGCAGCUGCCCCCGCCCCCCGCCUCCGUUCCCAGGGAGCGACGCAAGGAGAGCCGGCCCCCUGCCGAAGGCUGGGCGCCAAAACUCACGCUGGAGUCCAAGGAACGAGGCGGGCCCAGAGCGAGAGCGCCGGCGAAGAAGACGCCAAGUGAUCAAGGGCCAACGGUUGGUUUGAAGGAAAAGCCGAACAUCUUCUUCUCUCCAACGGACAAAGUGACAUUUACAAACAGGUUCGACAGCGAGGCGGCCUCCAGACUAACGCCCGCAGCCAUUCCCAGAGAAGCCCCGCCCCCCGUCUCCAAGCCCUCUAAAGGCGCUAAAACACGAGAUGUUUGCAGAGCGGGCCAAAAAAAGAAAGUCAGAAUGGCACGAACCCGCUCAGACUUUCUCACCCGCGCCCCAGCCCCCUCGGCUGGGGGCGACUCGGACGACGACGACGACGACUACGAAGACGGCGGCCCCCGCCACAACAGCCUGCCCUUCCCCAAACAGAGCGCCGCGGAGGUGGGCUUAAGAAAGUCCUGUUUCAGUGACUCUGAAAUGGACGCAAACUCAGAGGAGCAAAAGAAGAUCCACAAGGCCAUGUCGUCAGGAGAUUUGGUCAAACACGACUCGAUGCGCAAAAACUCCCAAGACGGAAGUUUGGCCAGGGCCCGUAAGAUCCGUUUCUGGGGCAAGACAAAGAACGGGGAGAAGAAGACCUCCAGGGAGAAGCUGAUCUGCGGCGCCGACUCGCUGGAUGGAGACUACGGGGAAACCGGGCCGCUGCUGGGAGACGGUCAGGAGAACACGUUGCCCCCCUGCAGCCCCGGCUUGACGCCGGACCGCGGCUUCCGGGACUUGAAGGAGAACAAGGAGCCGUCUCCCAAGGUGAAGCGCCGGCGCAGCGUGAAGAUUAGCAGCGCCGCCCUGGAGCCCGCUCAGUGGCAGAACGACGCGCUGCAGAUCCUCACCUGCACCAACGACUACCGCAGCAUGAACGACUUCCUCAUGAAGAAGAUCAACGACCUGGACAACGAGGACAGUAAGAAGGACACCAUGGUGGACGUCGUGUUCAAAAAGGCUCUGAAGGAAUUCCGUCUGAACAUCUUCAACUCUUACUCCACAGCGCUCGCUAUGGAUGAUGGUAAGAGCAUCCGCUACAAAGACCUCUACGCUCUGUUUGAGGACAUCUUGGAGAAGACCAUGCGACAGGAGCAGAGGGACUGGAGGGAGUCUCCCGUCACCGUGUGGGUCAACACCUUCAAGGUUUUCCUGGACGAGUUCAUGACGGAGUACAAACCUCUGGACAGCACACCCAGCAAGCAGGUACCGAAACCUGAACGCAAAAAACGGAGGAAAAAAGACGCAGACAUCGUGGAGGAACAUAACGGCCACAUCUUCAAGUCCACCCAGUACAGCAUCCCCACCUACUGUGAAUACUGCUCCUCACUCAUCUGGAUGAUGGACCGUGCCUGCGUGUGCAAAUUGUGCCGCUACGCCUGCCACAGAAAGUGCUGCCAGAAGACGACCAACAAAUGCAGCAAGAAGUUUGAUCCGGAGCUUUCCUCCAGACAGUUCGGAGUGGAGGUUUCCCGUCUGACUAACGACGAGAGGACCGUGCCGCUGGUGGUGGAGAAGCUCAUCAACUACAUCGAGAUGCACGGGCUCUACACCGAGGGCAUCUACAGGAAACCCGGCUCCACCAACAAAAUCAAGGAGCUCAAGCAGGGACUCGACACAGAUGUCGACAGCAUGAACCUGGACGACUACAACAUCCACGUCAUCGCUAGCGUCUUCAAGCAGUGGCUGAGGGACCUGCCGAACCCUCUGAUGACGUUCGAGCUGUACGAGGAGUUCAUACGCGCCAUGGCGUUGCGGGAUAAAAAGGAGACGAUCAGAGGCGUGUAUUCGGUCGUCGACCAGCUGAGCAGAACCCACCUGAACGCUCUCGAGCGUCUCAUAUUUCAUCUCGUCAGGAUCGCCUUGCAAGAGGACACCAACCGCAUGUCGGCCAACGCCUUGGCUAUAGUCUUUGCCCCCUGCAUCCUGCGCUGUCCCGACACCAUCGAUCCAAUGCGGAGUGUCCAAGACAUCGGCAAGACCACCGCGUGUGUAGAACUCAUCAUUUGUGAACAAAUGAAUAAGUACAAGAUUCGACUAAAGGACAUCAACAGCCUGGAGUUUGCAGAGAAUAAGGCCAAGUGCAGACUGACCAUCAUUCGCCGGUCGAUGAAAGCCGUACUAAUAGCCGUUAGAUUUAUGAGCAUAGCGCGCACUAUGCAGACAAAUGCGGCUAAAAAGGGAAAGGGCCGCGUGCAGCGACUGGGCCGCCACACGCCCUCGCCUCCGGUUACCCCGCGGCUGCCGUCCGUGGCCGAGCCCCUGAUAGAGAAGAGCGGCAGCGAAGGAGACGACGCGUUCGCCGAGAUCUCGGAGCACCAGCAGGCGGCCAUGCAGCAGGAGGAGAGAGUGCUGACGGAGCAGAUCGAAAGCCUGCAGAAAGAGAAAGUGGAGUUGACUUUUGAGAUGUUGACUCUGGAGCCACGCGCAUCGGACGAUGAGACGCUCGAGUCGGAGGCUUCUAUCGGUACAGCCGACAGCUCUGAAAACCUCAACGUGGACUCCGAAGGAACCUUUUCUGACUUCUCUGAGAGGGGUCCAGCGAUGACUUCCCCCUGGCCUCGGAGGGCCGAGGUGGCGAGGGCCGACGUGACGAGCCCCCGGCGCCGAGCCCUCCGCCGGCAGCCCGACUCCCUGGACUCCGUGGACUCCUGCGCGAGCGUUUCGUCCUACUCCUCCUCGUCUCACUUUCAGCCCUCGUCCUCUUCCCCCUCUGCCGCCACCCGCCGUUUUCGUUUCCACUCCAAGUCUCCUCCCUCCACUCUGGCCCAGGCGGCGGCAGCGCCGCCUCCUCCUCAGAGUCCGUCCCGAGCCUCCCGAUCCGACAACGCAGACAGGGGCCCUGCGGGAGACCAGGAAGCAGCGUGCGAUGAAAGGCCCCAGUUCACAAGCAGAGGCACCUUCAACCCAGGAAAGGGCAAACAGAAACUUAAGGGGGCCAAGCAUUCAACCCUGAGGCACUCCAGAGACGGCACCGGCCACCGCAGGGACCCUCCGGACAUGCCACAGCCGCUGGUAUUGUACGGCAGUAAUGAAUUCAUGGUAUGAAGGACACCUGGGAAAACCCAAAGCACUCCCCAUCCAACUCCCCGGCUGACGCACACCUUCUCAGUAGCGAGCGGCGUACUGCCGACAGAUGUCCGCUCCUCGAAGCACUCUCGCGAAGCCAUUCUUGAAGUCUGCAAAAAAAUAAAUAAAUAAAGUGUCCCCAAGUGCCGUGUACAGCGUUUCCACCUCCAGAGG